AUGACACGACCAGUGAUUUCUUCUCUCCUGGGACAAAAUGACACGGGAGAGAUUGGGAGACAACGGAGGAGGCAGCCAUCUAUACACUACUCUCGGGCAGGCCCACAGGACACGAGCACAAGCCAUGCCCGCCAAAACUCACAACGGGGCAUUGGGAAAGGUCAUCAAACUUUCAGCACUACGCUCCAAAGGGACGACUAUGGUGUCAGAUUUGGCUCAAAGGUUAGCAACAGUCAAGACACGCAAGCCUUUGCACCCCAAGAUCGGCCAACUAGACCGCAAAAUAGGCAACUAUUAUCGGAUGACCUGAGCGAUCAUUCAAUGCUGCUAGACCGUUGUGGAAACAUUGCCGUCCCGUCUGUCAACAAGCAGAAGACAUGGUCAAUCUUGUCGCCGAGAGACAAUGCCAGGUCAACUCCCACGGGUACUGGAAAACGGAGUGGGCCAGCCAAAUCGCCUUCGACACUUAUUCCAUUAAACGAGGCACGACACCUUAGCUCUUUCGACCUAGUGCACCAACGAUCUGCUCCGAGUCUCAGGAAGGUACGCUCGACCUCCACGCCACAACCAACCCCAGCAAGACUCGAUCACAGCACAGAAGAAGUCCUAAACAGCAGCAUAAAUCGGCAGGCGGACUUGUCCCGGAACGAUUCCACUAGUUCACCUGCGUCCGAAGCAUUCGCUGACGGUCAAUAUAUAUCGCCACUGCUACAAGAACGUAUUGAUAACGAGCAAGCUCCGGAGCAGACGAAAGGGACAGAUGCGUCCCCAAGAAAUAGCUGUCUUCGAGAGUAUCGCUUUACGAUUGAUGAGCAGGUCGAACUUGAACUGAUGAGCAACACAACAGGCACUUUGUGCAGUGAUCCUGUAGGAACCCGUACGAGGUCAGUUGAAGUCAGUCAUGUCGGUUGCGCACAAGGAACUCCACCUACUGGAACAGCAGCAGGACCUUGCAACAAGGGAGCAGGCGCACGCGCACGUAUUGCUCCAGAGCUGGCUUCCGACAGACACAAAGUUGAACGCCCACAAGUCUAUACUGCUGCACUAGAGGAACGCGCUGCAAAGCCCUUGUCCCCUCCUUCUCUCUGGCUGCACGCCGAAGUUACCGAUCUUUCCUUUGCGAGUUGCUAUGACAGUGAUAGUGAGGCUUGGUUGGGAUAUAUCUUCCCAGAUAACAUGCAUCAUGACCAAAGCGGAUUCUUCUUUGGCAACGCUCCUCAAAUCUGCCCUCGCGAUCAAAAGAAAAGCCCGCCACAUCACCAACGAGCUGAGAAUGCAAAUGGAUUGACAAAGCUGUUCCAUCAGCACGACUCUCGCGCAAUGAGUCAACCGCAUGUCACUGCUUCAACCGUUUCCUCGACCAACGACACCAUGAUAUUUGCUCCUGGGCCAUCAGUCCCAUGUUCAAGAAUGGAUUUUCCGACGGAAGCCAGUCCAGUCGAAGGCUACUUUACUAAGAAAGUCGAGAAUAGGUCGAUGUACAAUAGUCCUGCUAGAGAUGAAUGGGGCUCAGGAAUACUGGCGACAACGCAUGUUUGGCAUGAAAUUGAGCCAGUCAACACGUUCCCGACCCAAGUACAACCUAAAUUUCCGCCUAAAAGAAAGGCGAGCGAUGUUUCCCAAUCAAAGUGGUUUCCGCAAACGGCGACCGACGACUUCGAGCCUCGGGAAAGGCAGCGGGGUUCGCAUGAACAUACGCCGAAGGUCAUGCCGUGGGGAACAACGCGGAAUUGGAAGGCGAAUACUGAGAACCAAGGAUUCGCUGUUGCACAAAAUGAUGUCUCCAAUAACAGACGGAAAUUUCACAGAGCCAGCGAACGAUAUCUGGAGAAGGCAGGAGGUCAGGAGUCCUCGCCAUUUGGGCAAUUUGAGAGCACUAAGUCCAAGUUGGGUGCCGGAACAUCUUAUGAUGGAAAUCCUUCCCACGAAUAUGCGCUGGCGUCCAGUCCAUCGACGGCGUUGCCCAACACCAGGGCUAAGACGAUAGCAGAGAACUAUGUCCAGCUUUGGUCGGCAGGAUCAAAUUCUCAAUGCAUCAACGAUUGUACCUCAUCUUAUUGA